CUUUUAAACAAAAGAGAGACUAGAAGUCUUGGCUUCUCCAAAGUCUACACGACUCUUACUCUCUCCUUAUAAGCCUGCUGGGGGAGGAACCCAUUGAUCGGAUAAAAAUGGCGCUGGUACCCGGAAACUCCACAAAGCAAUAUCAGUUAUCCCAAGUCCAUCCAAACCAUUCUCUAAUGCAUCAUUCCGACGACCGUGAUUACACCUGCCACGGCUGCAAGACCUCCGGCACCGGCCCCCGAUACCGAUGCCACGCCUGCAACGUCGACGUCCAUACAUACUGCUCCGAUUCCCCCCAGGAAUUAUCCUCCUUCCUCCACCACCAUCGCCUCACUCUGGUUCCCCGUAUGGACCAUCGGUGCUGCGAUAUCUGCCGUGAAUCUAUCGACGGCAUGCUUUACCGCUGCAACCGCUGCGACUUCGACGUCCACCCACUUUGUACUCAAUUCCCUGAGCAGGUCCGCCACGUCAUCGACGACCAUCAUAAGCUGACCCUCCGCAAGCUCUCCUCUGGGCGAUGUUCUGUUUGCGAAAUUGAUUGUUCUUCUCUCUGGGUCUACGGCUGCAAUGUUUGUGGAGUCAAUAUUCACCCCAAAUGCCUGCUUAAGCCAUACGGUUCGCCGACGAAAUCUCGCAGUAUACCUUACGCGCACGCGCCGCCGUGGGCGGCGGCGCAUCAACCCAAUGGUUAUUAUGUGAAUCCAAAUGGUUAUGGUGGUGGCCAUUUUUCUCACGGCGGAGUUCCGGCUCCUUGGGGAUUUCCGAAUCAUCAUUUUAAUUAUCCUCCUGGAGCUAAUUAUGGUGGACGUCCACCGUCGCCGUCAACUUGGGGAUCAAUAUUUGGGGGUGGAAUGUUUGCUCUGGUUCAAAAUUUGACCGCAGGUGCUAUUAUUGAGUUUAUUUUCGGUUCUGUUGGUGCUUAGUUCUUCUUGCAAUGGUGUUUUAUUGUUCAUCAUCUUCUUAAAUUGAGAAUUUUUCCUUUCCAUUAUGUUCUAUUUAGCUGUGUCAUUGGCUUAUUGCUAAAUUGCUGGUUUGGUACUGAUAAUUUUAAAUUUUUAAAAAAAAAAAAAGAGAAAAAAUGUAAGCAAUAAUUGCAUUUAUUAUUGUACUGAAAAUGCCCAGAAAUAAGUCUGCCAUGGUUGUACUGAAAAGGA